UUGAGGCCUAAAUGGAUAAAUAGUGGUUAUAAAGUAUUUGGAAGAUAAUUCUAUGGUAAAAAAAUUCGGAUUUAAAUCUUUGUGAUCAAAAUCAAUUAAAAUUUAUACCCAAAAUUAAAAUUUUUGUCAUUCUAGUAGCUUGCAGGUGAGUCUCAUAGGUAAGGCUAAGAUGAUUAUUUGUCCUUGUGUGUGUCUCUCUCUCUAUCUUCCAAAAAGCUUUAAUUAAUGUCUCCAAAUUCACCAGACAGAAAAUCCGGAAGCCCAAAAAGUUCACCACCGCCAAUUCUGCCUAAGCGACCGCGCCCACCGAGCCUCCCGGACCAAGCUCUCAAGCAUGUUAUCAUGAAGAUGCAGCUCCAGAACCAUUUGAACUCCCUUUCUCCCUCCACCGCCUCGCCGUCUCCCCACUCCGAGCCCGACCUCUCAUCAGCCUUCAAUUCCCUUACCUUUGACCCGCCUGCACUGGAUUCCACCUCCAUCCUCUCCGACGAGCUCCUACUCCGCAUCUUCUCCAAGCUCCCUAUUCCCCACUACCACCCCAACUCCCUCAUAUGCAAGCGGUGGCUAUACCUUCACGGGCGACUGGUGAAUUCCGUGAAGCUUUUCGUUUGGGGGUUUUUGGACUGGGGUCGGGUUUUUGCCCAGUUCUUGAAUCUGGACGAUGUCGAUAUUGUCCAUGCCUGCAUUCGGUCCCCAAGGAAUUCGGGGAUUCUGGUGACCAGGAAGGCUUUGACUGUUCAUAUCGACUCGCUUUUUGGAUUCAUUGAGGAGAGCGAUAUGUUGAAGAAUAGUGUUGUGGACCAUGGGCUGAGAUUGAUCGCUCAAUCGUACCUGAAUUUGCAGCGAAUUGCGGUUAUCGGCGCCAGUGAAAAUGGGUUGGUGAGGAUUGCUGAGGAGUGCCAGAUAUUGCAGGAACUGGAGCUGCAUUGUUGUGGGGACUUGGCAUUGAAGGGGAUUAAUGGGUGUAGGAACUUGCAGAUUGUGAAAUUGAUUGGUUCUGUUGAUGGGUUUUACAGGGCUGUGAUUUCGGAUAUCGGGUUGACGAUUUUAGCUCAGGGGUGUAGGAAGUUAGUGAAGCUUGAGCUCUGUGGGCGUGAAGGGAGCUAAGAUGGGAACGAUGAAAUGACCAUCUUAAUCUUUCCUGUGAGACCCACCUGCAAGCUACUAAUAGAGGAAUGACAAAUGUUUUAAUUCGGAUAUAAAUCUUAACAGACUUUGAUUACAGAAGUUUAAAUUCGAAAUUUUUAACCAUAUGAGUUAUCUUAUGAAUAACUUAUGACCACGAAAACUAUUUAUUCGAUUAGGCUUUGAAUUUAUCUAUCGGCUUGUGUCACGUAACAGUAAUGACAAUAUUAAUAAUAAUGCAUCUUGACUUUGCUUUCAC